CGUUGCAGCAAUUUUCGCCAAUUUUGUUGAAUUGCCAUGUUGGCCCUGGUGCCUGAGCCUGGGCCACCGGCCGUGGAACCGAUGCCGCUCUAUGGCCGACUAGCAUCUGAAGAUGACCUCGGUGCAGAGGCUUCACAGGAAAUGAGCCCAGAACCAUCCAUGAGACACUUGCUUGAGGUUGUUUCUGAGAUGCACAGAGCUCUUGCGGAGCAGUUGGCCGAGAUGGACCAGCGGAUGAUCCACAUCCAAGAUAUCCAAGCACACAUGAAAUUCGGAAGUCACGCAAAGAGAUUGUCGGUCACAUCCAAUGCAUCGCAGAAACCCAAACCUUCCAACUCUGCCAAAAAACUGCAGGUGCGCGACAAUUUAGCCAUGGAGGCCCUGCAGUUGGACAUUUCCAAGUUGGUCCCUUCGCAUAGAACAGGAAGUGAGUCCUGGAGUUUAACAGCUUUCAAAAAGAAGGACAAGGUUCUGACAGACAAGAGGCACGAGACAAAUCACGAGGUCAAGAGCCGCACUCGCAGUCCCGGAGCCUUGGACCGGUCUCGGGCCAAGGUGAAGGAGUCUCCGGGUUCAGCGCGUCCGAACACUUUGGAGCUCCCUGGGGAGGUGGCCAUAGCUGGCAGCGAUUGUGACAAUUCUGCCCCUCCAAGCGAUCAGAGGCAGACCACGUACCGCUCAGCUGUCUCCGACAACGAAAUGAUGGAGAAAGCAAUGGAGAAGGGCGAAAAGGGUAGCGAAAAGGGAUCCAUUCGAAACUCUCCUAGGUCCAUGCCCAUGGCACGAGUUGGAUCUGUGCAGUCCCUUCGAAGCCAAGAGAAACCCAACCAAAAGGUUCAGUCUUUGCACAGUUCUGGCCGCGAUGGUUCCAUCAAUCGCUCCCGGCGCAGCAGCCAGGAGAUGCGCCGGGCAGUGUCGAAAGCGAACAUCACGGAAGUCUUCAAGUUGAAGGAGGCGCAACUCACAGCUGCUCUGCGUUCACCGACGCCACAAUCCUUGAGCCCGAUGAAGGGCAAGCCCAAGCCCGAGUCGCCUUCCCCCGCGAAGGGGGUGAACGGUGACACAGCCUCGGAGUCGGCUUCGGAGGCUGAAACGCUGGUGGAAGUAGUGGAGGUGGAACAGGUGGAGGAGGCUGAGCCUGAGUCGCUGUGGUUGAGACUCAGUCCCCUGAACACAUUCAUUUGUUGUCAUUUCUCCAAACUCCUCGGACUCGUGCCCUUGUUCCAUCCAAGAGAGGAAAGCCAAACAUGGCUGGGUUUCUUCAAAGAGUUGGUGUCCAGGCUUUACCAUUGGAGUCUGAUUCUCCUUCUCCUUGGCUUUUUGGUGCGGCUUCUCUGGGGGCUGAGUUUUUGCCACAACAGAUCGAUAGAUGCCAUACAUGCAAGUCAGUAUGUUUAUGAUGAGGAUCACGAGGGUUUAUGCAACAGCGCAUGGCCUCCUCUUGCUGUGGACGUGGCUUUAUUGAUGGGUGGCAUUCUGGUCUUGAUGAGCUGGGGUGGAUUCUUCAACUACAGGGACACGACCAAACUGGUGGCACAAAGUGCGGAAGAACUUACCUCCUACUGUGAGCAGACUGGAUUGGGCACAGCGUGGAAGGCCUGGAGCUGCAAAGACGCCCUUUGGACGCUGCUGCUGUGGCUGCUGCUGGUCGUGGCCCGCUAUGCCUUGAGCGCUUGGGCCGUGGCCAGCGAUGGUGAAGCGUCCUUCGAGGAUUGGGGGACCUGGCGAACUCAAAGGGUGCAGGUGCCGCAUGUCGUCACUGUUCAUGUGAUGGGCGUACUGGUCGUGGCCAGCUUUUGGCAGGUCAGAACUUCCCACGCAAUGCUUUUGAUUUUGAACUGGUGGAGUGCCAAUCUCUUGACCGGCCAGGUGAGUUGCAUGGAAGCCAAGAGGGAGUGGAGGGGUGUCAGUGGUCUGUUUCGAAAGACCUCACGGACCUUUGAGCACUGCUUUGCUGCGCUGGCUUCCCUCAUUGUGAUGUUGGCCCUCUGCGCCUUAUACGAUUUGCGGCAAGGACACAACUCUGGAGUGGUUUGUGGUGCUGCGGCUGUGAUGUUCUUCAUUCCGGGUGUACUUUGGACGCAUGCGCGCACCACGACAGCUUGCAAACGGUUGCCGUCUCUGGUGACUCUUUGCGAGGUGGAGGAUGAAGAGCAGGAUGCCGAGUACAUGGGCCUGGCUAUGUACUUGUCUCUGAGUGACUCUGCGGUGACAUGCAACCUUUGCCUUGAUCGAGGGGAUAGGCUAAUUCAACCUGAACGUGCCAAUUAACCAAAGGUGUUUUCAGUUCGGGGACAGUAUACUGCCAGACUUGAUAGAUUUUUUUGUUUUUUCGUUUCUACGGGGAUUAUGGAUUGACCCCCGACUUUGGACUGACGUUGACUCACGUUUUUUUUGCUUGCGCCUGCGCAACUGCAGUGAAGGUGAAUGUGGCUUCUUUGUGUGGGAUACAUGUGUAACCGUGGCCUUUGUUCAGAAAUUUAUGUACUUUGCAUCUGCUCUGGCAGGAACCAUUGGUUUUCAAACGGGAGCCUUCCAGCUGAGUUAGUGGCCCCAAGCGAAACCAUAGCCCUGGUGAAACGUCAUUUCUCUGCUUUGCGAGACCAUGUUGCCAACAAAACUCCACAUGGCUGUUUCCUAAAUUUGGGGCAUCCCAAAACCAAUGGCUUCCCAUAUGUACAAUGGAUCAUUUUUGAUGAACCAUUUGGGAACAAGAACGCAAAACAAUGAAAUGGCGCUCUGCGAUGCGUGAUGCCCUGUUGCGUUUCCGAAGUGUCCUUGGGCAAACUGG